AUGGCACCUAGUUUUGAUUACUUGGCAUCAAGUUUACUUUGUGCAGAAGAUAAUGAUGGUAUUUUUGAUGAUGAUUGUGAUGAUUUGUUAUGGGAUCAUGAAAACAAUCAAAAUCAAAUAUUUGUCAAAAAUCUUGAAACUCAAGAUUUCCCUUUGCAAAGUGAUGAAAGUUUGAAUUUAUUGAUUGAAAAAGAAUGUGAACAAUUUGUUGGAUUUUUUGAUUAUUUGAAUAAAUUGAAAAAUGGUAACUUGGAUUUGGUUGCUAGGCAAGAGGCUGUUGAUUGGAUUUUAAAGGUUCAUGAUCAUUUUAAUUUUGGGCCUCUAUGUGCAUAUUUAGCAAUUAAUUAUUUGGACAGAUUUCUUGCUGUUUAUGAAUUACCGGCCAAAGCAUGGAUGAUGCAAUUGUUAGCAGUAUCUUGUUUAUCAUUAGCAGCAAAAGUGGAAGAGACUGAAGUACCAAGCAUACUAGAUUUGCAGGUUGGUGGAUCAAGAUUCUUAUUUGAAGCAAAAACCAUUCAAAAAAUGGAACUACUUGUGUUGACAACAUUGAAAUGGAGGAUGCAUUCAGUGACUCCUUUCUCUUUUAUUGAUGAUUUUCUUGUGAAAGUCAAUGGUGGUCAACCCAUUUCAAAAUCUUUGAUCUUGACAUCAACCCAACUCAUUUUAUGCUUAGUUAAAGGAGUUGAGUUUUUGGAGUUUAGACCUUCUGAAAUAGCAGCAGCAGUGGCAAGCUAUGUGAUGGUAUCAGCUCAAAUUUCUCCCCUUGACCAUUUUGUUCAAGAGGAGAGGGUUCUUAAAUGCAUAGAUUUCUUGAAAGAGCUAAAUGGUAAGUGUACAAGUAGCUUAAGGAAUAGCACAUUGACAUCAAUGCCAAAAAGUCCAAUUGGUGUGUUGGAGGCUGCAUGUUUUAGCAAUAAAACUGAUGAAUCAACAGUUGAGUCAUGUCUUAGCUCUGCCAAAAAGAGAAGACUUGACAAUACAUGCUUUAAGUUGGAGAAUUAGUUUACUUUUAGUAUGCAAUAAGUUGGAUGGAUUUUUUUUUUAUUUGGUAAGCUUAGUAUUUAGUGUGAUUUAAGUUCCAAGAUAAUGGAAGAAAAAAAAAGAAAAGUGUUGAGCUUUAAGCUGUUAAAUAUUAGACUUCUUAGCAGCUUGGGAGAAGAGAGUUUAGACUCAGAUUGGAAGAUUACUUUGGAAAUAUACGAUGAGUUAUGUAUUUUUCGGUAGAUAUGGUUUAUGGUACACCUUAUAUAAGUACAA